UCCCUUAUCGCCGUCCGUCUGGCUCCCUUCGCGCAGGCGGUGUGUUCCCGGCUUCGUGCCUUCCCGUCGCUCCAAAUUGCGGCUUUGCGUCGUGCGCCGACGUUGAGCUUUAUCGUCACUGACGAUCCAGCCAGAUGGCUUCAACCGCCAACUCCGUGCCGGCCGCCAACAAUGCCUCCGGCAAUGCUGUCAACUCGCAGAACCCCAGCGCUAGGCCUACACUGAGAUCGAGCGCCAGUACGAAAGCUUCGGAUGGAAACCGGCGUCAAUCCGGUAGUCCAAUGGAUGGUGGACAGAGGCGCAGUAACUCUCAGAAGGCUUGGUCACAAGGAAACCCAAUCACUCAGCGAUCGUCAUAUGCACAGCAAAACGGCAACAUGCCCCAAAAGCAACCAGCGUCGUCCAGACCCUCGCCCAAAGAGUCGAACACGCCUGAUCACCAUGCACAUGACCGUCUCGUGUUCUUGCUCACUAGCUUCAUUGGCCUAACUGCGACUGUCACCACAAAGAAUGGAGAGAGGUUCACUGGGAUUUUCUCGUCUGCAUCUCUUGAACCGAAUGAGUCUUCAUUUCUUCUGAAGAUGGUACAGCGGCCGACCAAGCAAGAACAGCACAGAGCGAAUGGCGUGAGUGAGGCUUCUAGCCCAUUCAUGGGAUCAGCACCGGAUCACAGCAUGUCUUUUGAUGUCAAGGAUGUGAUCGAUAUCUCAGUGUCUGAUGUUUCGACCACUGAUGUUCUUGCCAAGGCCCCGAAUGGUGCCUCUGUAGGCUUUAAGACUGAUACCGAUAUCUCCGGCAAUCUCGCAAUUCGUGAGAGAACCCUGAAGCGCUGGGAGCCAUCAGCAGACACGGAUGUGGAUCUAUCCCUGGAAGGCGCGAAUGCCUCGUCUGGAUGGGAUCAAUUCGAGGCGAACGCAAGACUUUUUGGCGCCACUAGUAGUUAUGAUGAGAACAUUUACACAACCAGGAUCGAUCGCUCGGAUCCUGCUUAUAAGCUGAAGGAAGCGGAAGCCGCUAGAAUCGCUCGUGAGAUUGAAGGCACUACUACGGACAACGUCCAUAUUCGCGAAGAGCGAGGUUUGGUGUCUGCGGACGACGGUGAUGAGGAAGAGAAAUAUAGCGGUGUCCGCCGUGAUGAGAAGAGCUUCCCACCUCUCAUCUCUGGACAGCCAAACAAGUACACCCCGCCCGCCAGGAGACAAAACACUGGUCAAUCCGCUCCUGUCAGCGCGUCUGCAGCCCCUACCCGGCCGGCCGCCAGUGUUUCGAAGGACGCCGUCACUCCUACACCAAAGGAGACUGCUGCGGCUCAGUCCCAGCCUACGCUAUCGAAACCUGCCCCCACACCCACUCCCGCCGCCGACGCGGAGAAGAAGCCUGCGCCAUCAAAGCCUCAAGCGGGCCCUACAGUGCCCGCUGCCACUAAUGCUACUGCCAAUGUUGAAGUCGAGGUGCUGGAUUCAUUCCGCCGGUUCGCCGAUACUGAGAAGGCGAAGAUGCAGGAACGUCGUCGUAACCAGGCCACCUACGACCGGACAAUCAAACUCAACGAAUUGAUGAAGUUCUCCAAGAACUUCAAACUUGCUACUCCUGUUCCCAAGGACUUGGUGCCGAUCCUUGCCAAGGAUCCCCACAAACAGGAAGAAAUCAUUCAGAGAGCCCAGCAGCAUGCCGAGGAGAAAACAUCUACGAAAUCUUCCCCGGCAUCCGCGGAACCAAAACCAGUUGCCCGUGCUCCUGCGGCUACCGCCGUCGCUCCACCGGCUCAGACCGAUCGUACCAACUUCCCGCGCGGCCGCCAAAUGCUCCCCCCAACUGGGCCUAAUACUGGCUCCAAUGGACGACUUCCACAGCAGGCUAUGCACGCCGGCCGUCCAGCCACAGGAAUGCUUGGCCAUCGCCUAGCUGAUAACCUGCAGCAACGGAAGGGAGCUGCAAUGGGCGCGAUUCCUGCACCCUUGCCUAUUAAUGAAGUUCGCAGCCCACCGACCGGGCCUGCGGGUGAUCAGCCUAGCGUUACCAGCCCGAGCAAGGCGCAGACUCCAACUUCGGCUGUCUCAUCGAAAUUCAACGUGAGGGCCAUGGAAUUCAAGCCGAACCCCGCGGCGAACACCUUCACACCCGGCACUUCGACAAUUGCUUCUCCAUUUACUCGAGGACGCUCUGUCUCGAGGGCCACCAGCCCGUCCGCUUUCUUCGGUGCGAAGAAGCCACGCCCAAUCUCAGAGCGACCCUCCCUCAGCGAACAAUUCAACCCUAUCAAGCGUAUGAAGAAGGAAAAUGCAGAGAAAAGUGACAAAGAUUACACUUUCAAUGGUGGCAUCCCCCCUGCCUAUAAAACCCUGCCUACCUGGGAUGUGCCUGCCGGCAACGAAGAGAAGACAUAUCUGCAGAUGUUCAAGGCCCCUAUCUCUGUGCCGGCCAUUUCCCCUCAGAACCGGUCUGCGUCCAACUCGGCCAUUCCUCAUCAGCCACAGAUGCCAUUCCAGUAUCCGCAGUCGUCUCAGGGUAUGCCUCCCUCCAGUGGUCCUCCACACGGGCCUCAUCUCCAUCCUCAGCAGCAUCAUGGGUCUGGUCCACCUCAUUUUGAUGAUCCCCAUCGUAUGCAGAUGUCGGCUUCGACAUCUCAAAUGUUCCCUUCCCCCCGCUUGCAGCAUGGUUAUCCUUCCCCUAUGGCGCCCCAUGCUCAGUUGGCGUUCGGGCAGCCUAUGCCACAAUUCUACGUCAACCAGGGAGGCCCACAGCCCGCGCACAUGAGACACUAUCCCGGCGCUCCUCAAUUCGUGAACCCACAAUCUGGCAUGGGGGCACCCAUGAUGGUCCAGCAGCCGUCUAGUGGGCCUUACAUGGGCGUACCUCAAGGCGUGGCCCCCUAUACCCCUCAGAUGCAGAUGUAUUCGCCCAACCCUGGUCAUGCCUAUCCUCAACAUGCGCCACCUCCCCAGCCCCAUAGCGGCUAUCCUAGUCCAAGUCGCGGUGCGCCGAUGAUGAUGCACCAGAACUCUCAGCAGGGCCAGCCCCCACAGCCGGUUAUGUUCAUGUCUCCUGGCCAGCAUGGACAGCCAGUGCACCCCUCUCAGCAGCCCGGUCACAUGCCCCCGGUUCGAGGGAACUAUCCACAGCAACAGCAACCUCAUUUCCAGUCUAGCCCUCACCAAGCGCAUCAUUACCCUCCUCACCAACACCGGACCCCUAGUACUGGCUAUAAUCAGAUGCCUCAGGUACCACCUCAGGUCCCUGCUCAGCCGCCACAGGCUGCCGCGUCUGGCGCUCAAACACAGGAAGCUGCAGACGAAGUGAAAUGAGGUCUCUUCUGAAUUUCGCGAAACCCCAUACCGCGGGCCUGCCAACCUAUUCGAGGGGCUGUGCUGACCCUCCUUGGGCAUUACUUGACUCCACUCCUCUGUGAACAAGAUCAACUCACAGUUGGCGACUCCAC